AUGCGUGGAAUAAUGGUAUUGUGUUUGGUAGCAUUCUGCUCUGCCUCUCAUCAAGGAUAUAACUACCCUAGCCUGAAAAAUACAGCCGAUGCUGGCCUGUAUGGGGCAAAACCAUUGAUUACAAAGCGUUUCUUUAUUCAUUCAGCACCUCAAGAUGAAGGUGUAGAAGUUCAAGAACAUGAUAUUGCUGUGGGCACACCACGCAAAAACUACAAUGUAGUUUUCGUUAAAGCUCCCACCGAAAAACAACAAAAGGUUAAAGUCCGUGUCAUCCCCGCAGUGAAUGAAGAAAAAACUGCCGUAUAUGUUUUAUCUAAGAAAGCUGAUGCCCCUAUUGUUGAAACAUUUGUUCAAGAACCUGUCACAACCACUAGCAAACCAGAAGUUGCUUUCAUUAAAUAUCGCACCAAUGAAGAAGCUGAGCAUGCUCAACACCAUAUUCAGGCUGAAUACGAUCGUUUGGGCGGUAGCACAAGCAUCUCAGAUGAGGGUGUUUCUGUUGUUAAAUCAGUAAUUGGUAUUUUUGAUAGUCUCCAACAAGGUGCUGGCUCUGCCGCAUAUUUGCCACCACAACAUUAA